CGACCCGCAUCAUUGAGAAGGACACGUUUUGGGACUGAAUUUUUAUUAUCAAAGGUCCCUCAUCUACUAUGACUGACCCCACACGAAGUACAAUAUUGGUGUAUCUGGGGGAGGGCGCAUGUGAAGAGAAUGCUGAAGUCGUGGUAGAGACUCUAAAGAGACAUCUGAAUGAGAAGGAUUAUGUAUUUAAGUACAUCUCCCCGGAGGAGACUAUUGAAGGAAACUGGAAAAAGUCAACAGCCCUGUAUGUGAUCGGUGGAGGGUAUGACCUUGGGUAUAUCCACGCCCUUGGGGAUAAAGGGACACUUCAGGUUCAACAGUAUGUCCAGGAAGGAGGAGCCUAUCUAGGGCUCUGUGCAGGAUCUUACUUUGGAUGCGACUACAUAGAAUUUGAUAAGAAAGGACCCCAGGAAGUUUGUGGGGAAAGGAUCCUUAAAUUUUUCCCAGGUUUAUGCGUUGGUCCGGUGUGGGGUCCUUACAAUUACGGCAGUGAGAGUGGAGCCAGAGCCGCCCUGGUGGACUACUAUGACAAGGGGACCCAACUCUCUCCAACCACACUCCGAGCCUAUUUCAAUGGUGGGGGCAUGUUUCUCUUUUAUGCGGACCAGUUCCUAUCUGUCAAACGUAUUCCUGAUCAAGUUUUAAAGAAGCACUGCAAAGAAUCUUUUAAAAAGGAGCAAUCUAGUAAAAAGGAAAUUGUUGAGAGUAAACAAAAGGAAUCGGGACUGAAAGAUUUUAGUGAUACGGAGCCUGAGUUUUGUGAGGAAUAUGGACCUGAAGAUUUGACACACACACUAGGAGUGUAUAGAACAGAGGGAGAGAAAGGGAAUGCAUUUUGUGAUAUAGGUACAGAUUUAUCAAAAUUGCCAAUAGAACCAAAUGCCAAAAGAUCAAAAAUCGACCACAAGAAAAGUGAAGUCGCAUCUCAUACCAAACAUGAAUCAGAUAAUAGCAUGAAGGAGAAAUCAGUCACAAGACAAGUAAGAUCACUCGAUAAGAAUGUGGAGGUACUAGCUGUGUACCGUGAGAUUGAGGGUCAGCCAGCAGCUAUUGUCAAGUGUCAUGUAGGCAAGGGUGUCGCUAUUCUCAGUAGUCCACACAUUGAAUAUGACAGCAACAGUCUGAAUGCAGAGGACAAGGAUAUUAAAAAACUUAUUCCACAUCUUGUAAAUUCAGACACUCAUGAGCAUAAAUGUUUUAGAUCCAUGCUCAGUCACCUUGGCUUGACUCUGAGUCACUAAGGUCAGAGCAGCAUAGUUACACCUAGACUACAUUUCACUCGGAGUUUCUAGAUCAAGGCUUGGUUGACUCUUAAAGAGUCAUUAGAUUGAUCAGCGUGUUGCUGUGAUAGUUGACUCUGAGUCACUUUGGUCAGAACAUCAUAGUUACACCUUGACUACAUGGAUAGUUUGACUGAGUUUCUUGAUCAAGGCUUGGUUGACUCUUAAAGAGUCAUUAGUUCAAGACUGACUUGACUCCCGAGUCUCUAAGGUCAGAUCAGCAUUGUUACAUUUAGACUACAUAGGUAGUUUGACUCAGAGUCUCUAGAUCAAGGCUUGGUUGACUCUUAAAGAGUCAUUAGUUCAAGACUGACUUGACUCCGAGUCUCUAAGGUCAGAUCAGCAUUGUUACAUUUAGACUACAUAGGUAGUUUGACUCGGAGUCUCUAGAUCAAGGCUUGGUUGACUCUUAAAGAGUCAUUAGUUCAAGACUGACUUGACUCCGAGUCUCUAAGGUCAGAUCAGCAUUGUUACAUUUAGACUACAUGGGGUUUUUGACUCGGAGUCUCUAGAUCAAGGCUUGGUUGACUCUUGAGUCAUUAGACUGAUCAGCGUAAUGCUGUUGUAGAUCAUGACUAACUUGACUCUUGAGUGACUAGAUUGGUCAUUCAUUUAACUUAAUAGCUAUUUCAUCUUUAAUAUUGAUUCUAACUCAGUAUUUUUGUUUGUAUCUUGAACCUGAUUAAGAAAGUUCUCUAAAGAUAAAUACUGUUACCAGUACGGUAUUUACCCAGAAAACCCCCAUACCUAGUCAUAUUUAAGCCUACCCAUAGCUAUUGUAGUUUGGUUAUAAUGCCAACAGAUGCAUUUUAUUAUCCUAUACUCAAGCCCCACCCUUAUUUGUGUUAAAAUAUUUUACGUAAGCUGCCAGGAAAUAGAUCGGGAUAUUUACAUAAAAUUUGUUUUGUAUCUCAAGGCAAACCAUGCACCAUAAGAUUUUGUCUUGCACAAUGUGAUAUUUUUUUGAAAGAUAACUUCAUUUUUUUAUUCAUUUACAAUUUAUUUUUCAGUAUUUUAUUUUUCACUCACUUGCCAUAUUAGAGAACACUCUAAUUGGCUCUAGAACUGGCUGGUAAUCUCGGUUAGAUAAUGGUAAACAUAUCCUGUUGUUGUGUAGCCCUGCAAGAUGCAGCACAGCUGUUAAAGACCAUUAACAUCAGAACAGAAAACAAGUGAAUGUUUUCCUUAUAGAAAUCAUUCUAGUCGUCCUGUCAUUUUUUUAUACGAAUUGCUAACCAAUUGUUGGUUGAGAACAAAUUAUGACAGAAAUUCAUGAUUGAAUAAGUUGAAUUAUUUCGAAAUAUGUGAUCCAGUUUGCACAGUAAUUUAGUAAGUUUACAUGCAUGUGAUAUAUAUGUGUGAUGUAAGCGAGUUUAAAACGUUGAAGUUUUCGUGUGAAAUAAGAACUGAACAAAUUGUUUAAAAAGAAUGGAUUUAUUGUGUUUUUGGAAUAUUUUACAUUGUAUCUAAAUUUUCUUUUUUUUAAUUUCAAGUUGAAGAUUCAAGAUUAUAUUGACAAAUGGGUGAGAUAAGCAACAUUUCUAUGGGUUCUAUUACAUUGCAUCCAUCCAUUCCCCAGAAAAUGGCGGGGUGUGUUUAUGGGGAACAGGAAGGCUUUUUAGCUUUAUUAUGGUAGUACUUUUGUAGAUGAUACAUUCAUUCAGAUGUUAUUUGUUUCAAAAAAUUAAAUAGUAUAAUCUAUUCUUGUUAUGUUUAAUUUAUAAUUUAACAAAAGUAUAUAAUCAAGAUAAUUAUGUUGGCAUUAAUUUAUUUGUAUGCAAUUCUUACUUUGUUUACUGAUAUAGAAAUAUUUCAUGAGGAUUUAUGUUUUUUUUAUUACUGUAUUAUUAUUAUACACGUAAUUAUUAUUUGUUUUUGCAGUGCUGUUUUUGCUUUUUCUUUGUGGGAUCUGUUUAAUCUUGCUCAAAGAUAUAUUACAAGAUAUGUUGGUUUUUUUAAUGUGUCUGUGAAGUAUAUAUAUAUAAUGCAGAUAUAUAGCAAGAAAAAAAUUGAAUGAAUAUAAAGUAUUUUGUUAUAGAUAUGGUAAGUAGAGUGUGGUGUGAAGUAUAUUAUAAUGUAGAGAGUAAGUAAAUUUUGUAUGGAUGAAGUGGAGUUUGGAUGUGAAGUAUAUUAUAAUGUAGAGAGUAAGUAAAUUUUGUAUGGAUGUUAAGUAAGUUGUUAUAGAUAUAAGUAGAGUAUGGUGUGAAGUAUAUUAUAAUGUAGAGAGUAAGUAAAUUUUGUAUGGAUGUUAAGUAAGUUGUUAUAGAUAUAAGUAGAGUAUGGUGUGAAGUAUAUUAUAAUGUAGAGAGUAAGUAAAUUUUGUAUGGAUGUUAAGUAUGUUGUUAUAGAUAUAAGUAGAGUAUGGUGUGAAGUAUAUUAUAAUGUAGAGAGUAAGUAAAUUUUGUAUGGAUGAAGUGGAGUUUGGGUGUGAAGUAUAUUAUAAUGUAGAGAGUAAGUAAAUUUUGUAUGGAUGUUAAGUAUGUUGUUAUAGAUAUAAGUAGAGUGUGGUAUAAGAUAUGUUUUGUGUGGGUUGAAUUAAAAAAAAAAAGAACCUCAGUGUUUAUUUACCUGUCAAAUUAAUGGGAGUAUUAUGGUAUGGCGACAUCCAUCUAUUUUGUGUAAACUAUUCUUUGUCCAGUGAGUAAACAUCGUCCCUGUGAAAAUAACUGGCUAUAUCAGUAAUAUUGUGUUAUGAAUGUAUAGUGUAUUGGUGUGAAUGUGUGAGUAUGGCACUUUGAUAGGAAAACUGUUAUGGUAUUAUGACAGUAUUGUACACGUUGUCCACUAAAUAACAUUUAGAGUUGAUUCCAAAACAAGGUACAUAUUUAUGUGUGUAAUGACAUCACUACUUUUUGCUAUGUACACAUGUUUUGAUGAUGUCAUAAAUUCAUAAUUGACUGUGAUGUUGACAGCUUGCCAUGGAGCCAAAACAUGUCAGCUAUUGGCUAGAAUAAAAACAAAAGAAUCUCA